GUAAAAAAUAUGCCGCCCCCUGCAGGUGAGCAGAAAUACUUCACUGCCCUUUGACUCGGAAGUACUUCUUUCUGUCUCACGUGGAAAAGAGAACCAUGGGUAAGUCUAAACAGACGGGGAACCACAAAAAUAAAAACAUAAAAACAUUGAAGACGAAGCGCAGGACGAAAGAUCUGGAUCAGAUCCACACAGACAUGAAGCCAGAGACCGCAGCCAAGCUGUUGAACCAGGAGGUGGACUAUGACGUCACGGGAUGCGCACAACAUUACUGUUUACACUGCGCGAGAUAUUUUGUGGACAUGAGAUCCUUAAAGGAGCACUUCAAAACUAAAGUACACAAGAAACGGCUGAAGCAGCUCAGAGAGGAGCCCUACACCCAGGCUGAGGCAGACAGAGCGGCAGGCAUGGGCUCCUACAUUCCUCCAAAGAUGAUCGAAGUCAAGACACAACCGGUGGAGGAAGACAUGGACUAAAAAACAAACAAUCAAUAUGUAAAGUCAAUAAAAUUUAGGUAGAAACAUUAAGCUUUUUAUUAUUUCUGCAUUUAUAACGCUGUGCUUCAAUUACAAAGUUUUCCCUUUAGAGUCGACAAGCAGCCAUGGAAUUUUCCUCUGUCUAUUUUACAUUACAAUUUUAGAAAAACAACUCCGAUGAAUUGUGUUGUAAAUUAGUGUAAGUUCUGGGUCCAAUAUGGUUUUUAAAUCGACUGAUUUGUGUAGACCAUUAAAAAAGUCAUUAAAAAAAUGACUCCUGUACAAUAGUUUAGUAAUCAUCUACUAUUUUAAACCAUUGAAGCUUUAAACACUUGUAAAUAAACAAUCCUGUCAUUUCUUUUA